GACAGAUUCGCCCCCCCCCCCCCUCCGGCCCUCCUCACCGGCCCUCCGAUCGCCUCCUCCUCCUCCUCCCUGUCCCGAAUCCCCCACAGCCGCCAUGCUCCCUCGCCAGGCCCUCUCCCUCCUCUCCAGGGCUCCGAUCGCCCCCCGAGCUGCCCCCUUGGCCGCUGGCCGCCUCCGGCCGAUUGCCAGCCGCUGGCUCUCCUCGGCCUCCUCCUCAGCCACCCAGCCGGAAAAGGGGGCGCUCUUCUCCCUGGAUGACUAUGCCAAGGAGUCCUCCGAUCGCUACAAGUCCAAGUACGCCGAGCUUUUGGCCAAGGCGCCGCCCAAAAAGGAAGACCCUGCCAAGGCUGCUGCUGCCUCGGCCACCCCUCCUCCUCCGAAGAUCUUCAAUCGCAAGCUCACCGACAUCCUUGACCUGGAUGCCCUCAAGAGCCUGAGCGCCUCGGAGAUCGCGGCACUCUGGGCCGAGCACCUGGCAAAGCCGGUCGAAGUGACUGCCACCCCGGACGACGGGGACUUCUUCGCCCCGCCGGCCACGCCGACCAAGGAGCUGGUGCAGGCACGCAUGGGCGGGGGUCUUGACCCGGCCACCUACGAGCGUCUGAUGAAGAAUGCCUCGCGCUACCCGCACUUCCUCAUUCCCCUCUUCCGCAAGGAGGGCAUCGAGCUCUUCUUUGCCCAGGCCCAGUACAACCGCAUGGCCCUGACCACGCUGCUGGAGUACCGUACCCGCGGCAGCGAGGCCCAGCCGGCCCUGGUGGCCGAGGUGUUUGGUGAUCUGAUCAACUGGACCGGCGGCGAGGCCAAUGCCACGCCCUCCGGUCUGGGCCUCUAUCGGGUGGACUUCGAGCCGAAGCGCAUCACCCUCGGCGCGGCGCAGUCCCUCUUCGCCUCGGUCCUCAAGGCCUUCGGUACGCCGGAGGGCGAGCAGGUUCUCCGGCGCUUCUGCGAAGCCCCGCAGGACUUCAACAUUGACGAGAUCAUCGGCAAGGAUGGUCUCUUCCCCAAUGACAUUGGCACUGGCGGUCCGUCGGCCGAGUGAUGGGAUCCCCCCCCCCCCCCCUCCC